UAUAAAGUAGAUUUUUUGUUUCAGAAUUUGUGUUCGUGGUUGAUUCUUAAGACCCUUUUAUAACCAUAUCUGACUACUUGACAACUUGAAGCUCCGACCUCUCUUUCACUCUCUGUGCUUUCUCUUUGGUUGAUUCAUGGCGGCAUCAAAUGGGUCAAUCUUUGCGUCUUCUGCGCAACCCUUUUCGGCCACGCGGUCCUUAACUAGAAAUAAAAUAGCUCCUCCAGUGUCAAGCUCUCUUGGUAGCAACUUUAAGGGAUCAUCAUUGCCAAGCAGUCUUAGACAGAAGAAGAAAGUUGUCAAGAUCAGUGGGAAAGUGAGUGCUGCAGCAGCCGUUGAAACAUCGCCUGCAGAGGAAAUUAAAGAAUUCACGCUUCCCACAUGGGCUAUGUUUGAACUUGGAAGGUCUCCUGUAUACUGGAAAACAAUGAACGGUCUUCCUCCUACUUCUGGAGAAAAAGUAAGGAUCUUCUACAAUCCAGCUGCAAAUAAUCUUGUUCCAAAUGAUGAAUUUGGGAUUGCAUUUAAUGGAGGUUUUAAUCAGCCUAUUAUGUGUGGUGGCGAGCCAAGGGCCAUGCUUAAAAAAGUUCGAGGCAAAGCUGAUUCCCCAAUAUAUAGCAUCCAAAUAUGCGUUCCUAAGCAUGCUUUGAACUUGAUCUUUUCAUUCACAAAUGGGGUUGAUUGGGAUGGUCCUUACAGACUCCAAUUUCAAGUACCUAGAGCUUGGCAAAACAAACCAAUUGAAUUCUUUAAUGAGGGCCUGACAGAGGAAUUGAGCAAAGAUGGUGCAUGUGAGAGAGCAAUCUUUCCAGACACGAACAUCGUGGUCACAAGAUGUGCUAUGAUUGGGAAUUUAUCACUUGAAGGGGGAGACCGCUGUAACCUUGAUCUGGUAGUAGGAUGCACAGAUCCAAGUUCGCCACUCUAUAACCCGCUUGCCAAUGUGGAUGACGGAUCCUGCCUAAUUGAUACAGAUUCUGAGGACUAAGCAUCAUGCUCUAUAUGAUAUAUCAAUAAUACUGCACAUAAAGAGUCACCAAGUCAGCAUCAGAAAAAGGCUUGCCUUUCUGUUACAACAAAGAAUUGUCUUCUUAGAGAUGCAUAAAUUCAAAGUUUGUAGCAACCUUACUCUUUAUCUUUUUACGAAGCACAGCUUGCUUGCUUCCCUUUUUUUUUAAAAAAAACAUUAAAUGGUAAAUGAGCCUGUGCUGAGAUGGAUUUCUUUGUAUAAAUAUAUACUUUUUCAUCAAAAAUAAAAUAUAUAUAUAUAUAUAUAUAUAUAGAUAUAUAUACUUAAUA